AUGAAAACUGAUGUUGCCGAACAACUUGCUAGUUUUUCAUUCGAAGAGAUUAUCCAAGAGAAAGAGCCCGUUAACAGCCAACUUUCACAUGUCUAUCUUGACGACACAUUAAAGGACAGUAUAGACAUGUUGAGCAAACUAGAACAGCUGGAAUCAAACAGUUGUAUGGAUGAUGGCCUCCCUGAUGGCUCUGAGGUAGAGAUGCAUCAUGACCAAACGUACAUUGAGGAUGUCAUUUUUGCAAAUCAACACGAUUCGGAAGAAACUAAACUUGAAGAAAAAGAAGACUGCCAGGUGGAAGAUCUUAUUGAAAGUACUGACAGCGUUGGAGAGUGUAUGAUUGAAGUUGACAAUGAGAUGGAGCCUUUUGUUAUUGACGAACAACAGGAUGAUGUUGCUGAUUUUGUUCUUGACCAUAUUGAAAUGGAAGAUUUAAAUGAGACAGAUAGUGACACUUCAGUGUUAUCAUCCCAGAGCAUUCUCCGUUCACCUCUACGAAUGCCAUCACUUCCUCCUGAAGACGAUCCAAUAGUCAGUAUGAAUUUCCCAACAAAUGAUACCCUUUUAUGUGGAACUGGCUAUCAGGUCACGACCACCGACGAGCAGGAUAAUGGAAAUGAUUCCCUGGUAACAAGUAUUUUUACCAAUUUAGAUAUACUAGACCCUGACGAAAACGAUGCUAAAGGCAGUAGUUUAGACAUUAGUGAUACCUCUGGACCAGUAAAUGACAAAACACAAGAAAUUGAAGGGACAAGGGAAGCUAUAAAUCACGAGGCUCCUUAUAUGGAGAAUGAAGCCCUAAAUAUAGGAUUAUCCAAUGUGGAUUCAGAUGGGAGCUUGUCUAUUGAUGUUACCGAUGGCGGGCAAGAUUCUAUCGUUGAGGAAGACUCGGGGGCUGAAAAUUCAAAUGAUGCUAAUUAUAAAAUGAACGAUUACAUGGAGGAAAAUAGUCUUGAAAAAUGUAACACUGAGUCGCAAGGAUCUUUGGAGAUUGAUAAUGAAAGCCAAGCUGAGACGAGCAAAUGGGAAUUUGAUAAUGAUACAAAAAUUGAAAUUUGCCACGUGGAGCCCUCAAACGAUGGUACAGAAGAUAGGGAGGAUAUUGAAGAUAUUGUUGUAGGCAACGAACAUUCUUUACCAAUGUUAGAAAGUGUGGAAGACAAAAAUAUUGGAGGGGAAUUAACAUCAGAUGAAGUCUACCAAACGAACCAAGAAGAAGGGAAAGACAGCAUAGAGGAAGGAACUACAAUAAAAGAUAUUGAAUUUAGUGAAGAUUUAUCAGUCGACAAGGAAUCUGAUAGAGACCAAUCUAAUGAAAAGCAAAGAACUUUGAAUUCCGAUGAGACUAGCAUAACAGUUCCAGAAGUUCAAGACCAAGACGAAGCAUACGAAUUAUUUAGUGACGCAAAGUAUGACGACAAUGUGAAGGGCCUAAAUGACAGUGCUGGUGAACUAGAGUCAACAAAUUCUGUAGAUGAUCAAAAUUCUCUUAUAGAGUUUGAUGAUGGACAUAUUUUCAACUGGAAUGAAAAUAAUGAAGAGAGUGAAGAGCUGCUUGAGUUUAUUGACUCAAGUUUGUGCAGGGAGAGCUCAUUUGUCAAUGAAGCAAUUAUAGUGGAGCUUUCUCACGAAGGCAAUGCUGCGCACGAAGAAGUUCUAAAAUUGGGAGAUACAGGGGACCUAAGAGAAGAAUACAGAGCCAGAGCUGAUUUGCAAAACCUACCAUCGGAGCUUCUAGAUAACCUUCCCUUAAUGUUGUCGCCUAACUCCACUAUGAAUUCAGUUACAAUGAUACCAACUGGAUUUGCUGUCGAAGGUAUGGACACUGACACUGACAGUGACGAGUCUCGAUCAAACACUGGUUUGUCCGAUUCUGAAGAUGAAAUUGAGUUUGGAUUAGAUAGCGGAGAACUAAUUGAAGAUGACGAGAAUGGAAAUUUUAUAAACGAUAAUUUUUAUGAGAUUGAAAAAGAAGGGAUCUUCUCUAGCAAUAAGAUGGCAGGUGAUGAAAAAUCACAGGAACUCAUCGAUUUCCGAAAAAAUUGUGAAGCACAGAUAGAUGAUAUCGAGAUUAAGAACGGAGAUGAUAAAAGGGAGGAUGAAUGUGGGAUUUAUUUUGAGAAUUAUUGGCAUGAAAGAGUACAAGCAGAGAGAGAAAUAAAGUUUCCUUCUAGCCACGAAACAGAAACAAACGAACAAAUGACAGAUGAAGCCUAUUCAGAAGGUAAUCAAAGUCUUUAUACAGUAGAACAAAGGCACCAGCCACAAUCAAGGAAUGAGGAUUGGGUCGACAGUGGGAAGCAAAAUGAAGGAGAAACGUCUCUUUCACUAGAAGAAACAGUUUUGCCAGUUGAAAUGGAAAAUGAUAAGCAAAAUUCUGAAGAAAUUCUUCUCCUUCACGAAGAUGAAUUUUCUAAAAAAAUUUCAGAGAAUGAUGAUUUAAAAGAAUUUGAGGAGCUGGAGCAUAUACUUGAGACAGAGGAUUUGAUAAGUGAAGGAAGUGAUGCUUUGAGUGUAUUGUUAGAUGAUCCUUUGGAAAACGCGAUCGUUGCUGAUGCAAUGAUUUUAGGUACAAGUCAGACAGGCAUUGGAAAUGAUGAGCAGCAGGUAAAGCCUGGGCAGUUAUUGGACAAUGAAGAACAGAUACCUUCUGAUCAGCAGGAGCUGCUUGACAUCCUCGAUGGCAUCCUCGAAAAAGAAGAAUGUGAUGAAGAUGAUGUCGAAGAAAUUGAAUUUGAAAUGCUUGAAUUUCCGGACGAAUCAUCAAGCUUUCAAAAGCAAGCCACAGAGGAUAGGCUACACAGUCCAGAAAUUAACGCUGAAAACGAAAUAUCUGAACGCCCUCCAUCUGAGGCAAGCGAGGAUUGUGACAUCUCUGAAACAGAAAUUCAGCGACAAAAUAUACUUCUAUCAAAUACUGAAGAGGUCUUUGAAUCUUCAGAAAGCAACGAGCAUGAGAAAGUUACUGAGCCUUGUACAGAAACUGUGCCAGCAGACCACUCAGACAGGAAUAUGCUUUACAUAAUACCAAAUAAAAAGACUGGAAACAACAAUGAGAAAAUUAUCAAAGAUGAAUCAUUUACCAGGGAUUCCAGAUGCCCAGAUUUGCUUCAAGAUUUUAAUGAGAGUCAACUGCCCAAAACGUCUGAAAACGAGGCGAAGUCUCAUACAGACCAAAAUGUUUUUGUUGAGUGUCAAGACAAAACGUCUCGCAGCGAAUUCGAUGUUAACACAUCCAGCGGUAACCAUGCUUCCUCGAGUAUUGGCACACCGGUUGUGAUUGAUAAUGGAUCCGGCAGAACAAAGGCCGGUUUAGCAACAUCUGAAUUACCGUCUGUUGUAUUUCCAGCAAUCAUUGGUAAACCAAACUACGAGCAAGUAAUGCAUGGUAUUGACAGACAGUACUACGUUGGAGAUCAGGCAGAGCAGUAUAGAGGCGUUUUGAAGCUGACGUAUCCACUUGAGCACGGAAUCGUCACGAAUUGGGAUGACAUGGAAAAGAUAUGGGAUCACAUGUUUUUUGAUCAGCUGCGAAUUGAACCAAGUGAACAUCCAGUUCUACUGACAGAAGCUCCUUUGAAUCCGAAAAAGAACCGAGAAAGGAUGCUUGAGGUGAUGAUGGAAACAUACCAGGUGCCCGGCUUUUACAUCGCAAUUCAAGCAGUCUUAUCACUCUAUGUAUCAGGAAUUACAACAGGUGUUGUUGUUGACAGUGGUGAUGGUGUCACCCACAUUGUCCCUGUGUAUGAUGGGUACUCGUUGCCCCACGCAACUGAAAGAAUCAACAUCGCGGGUCGAGAUUUGACCGAUUACCUAAUGAGGAUCCUUAUCGACAGAGGCUACUCCUUUAAAACUUCAGCUGAACGAGAAAUUUGCAGAGACAUCAAAGAAAAGCACUGUUUUGUUGCUGAAGACUUCCAAACAACCAUGGAGCAAUUUGAAACAAGUUCAGAUAAAACCCAAAAUUAUAUGCUUCCAGAUGGACAAACCAUAAACAUCGGAAAUGAGCUGUUUCGGUGCCCUGAGAUUCUUUUCCAGCCCAGUUUGAUAGGCAAGGAUAUCCCAGGCAUUCACGAGUACCUUUUUAAGAGCAUACAAAAGUGUGAUGUGGAUCUACGCCAAUAUCUAUACUCAAAUAUAGUACUCUCGGGAGGCACAACAAUGCUCAGUGGAAUAGAAUUAAGGUUAAAAUCAGAACUCCAGAAUUUAGCAACAGAAAAAAUGGGUUACAGCAUUAAAAUAAAAGGCAUGGACUCACGCGAAUUUUCAGUGUGGCGAGGUGGAGCGGUUCUUGCGGGUCUGACGUCAUUUUCUAAUAUGUGGAUCAGUGCUGAUGAAUAUUACGAAAGCGGUGUCGAUAUUGUGCAUCGUAAAUGCUUUUGA